CAGGCCCCGCCCACUCCAGCACUCGUUUGAUUGAGGAGCGGCUCCACCUGCUCGUUCUGUGCACGGUCCGUCGGUCCCGUAUGUGCGUGAUUCACCUGCUCAGACGCUCCUGAAGAUCCGCCGAAGUUUAACACGGGCCGGACUGAAAGUGUUUUAUUCCCGUCUGGAUGAGUCAUUGUGUCUGUUCUGGACAUUUAAUCUUUUAGCUAUUGCACAUGAUCACUGCUGGAAUGACACACUCUCUCUGAACAGUAGUAACUCAGGAACUGGUGAGACAGGUGCAGAAGAUCUUCAUGAUGGAUGAAAGUGCUGUGAAUGUGUCGAAUGUGAAAGUGGCGGUCCGGGUGCGACCCAUGAACAGGAGAGAACGAGACUUAAAGACAAAAUGUGUUGUGGACAUGGAAGGAAACCAGACCAUCCUGUACCCGGCCAGUGGAAACCUGGGAAAGGGCGACAGCAGGAGCAAACAAAAGGUUUUCGCGUAUGAUUAUUGCUUCUGGUCUAUGGAUGAGGCGGAGGCGUCCAAAUUUGCAGGUCAGGACGUGGUGUUUCAGUGUCUUGGAGAGAGUCUUUUGGACAGCGCUUUCCAAGGAUACAAUGCCUGUAUAUUUGCAUAUGGGCAAACAGGCUCUGGAAAGUCGUACACGAUGAUGGGAACGGCGGAGCAGCCGGGUCUGAUCCCGCGCCUGUGCAGUUCUCUGUUCCAGCGCACCGUACAGGUGCUGAGAGAGGGCGAGAGCUUCACCGUGGAGGUGUCCUACAUGGAGAUCUACAACGAGAAGGUGCGAGACCUUCUAGAUCCCAAAGGGAGCCGGCAGGCGUUGAGGGUCCGGGAGCAUAAGGUGUUGGGGCCGUAUGUAGACGGUCUGUCCCGCCUCGCUGUGACCAGCUACAAGGACAUCGAGUCUCUGAUGUCUGAGGGGAAUAAAUCCCGCACUGUGGCGGCGACGAACAUGAACGAGGAGAGCAGCCGCUCGCACGCCGUCUUCAACAUCAUUCUGACGCACACGCUCCGAGACCUGAAGACUGGGACGAGUGGAGAGAAGGUGAGUAAACUCAGUCUGGUGGAUCUGGCCGGAAGUGAGAGAGCUGAUAAAACUGGAGCUGGAGGAGAACGACUCAAAGAAGGAAGCAACAUUAACAGGUCCCUCACCACUCUUGGACUGGUGAUCUCUGCUUUGGCGGAGCAGGGUGCAGGAAAAAACAAGAGUAAAUUUGUACCUUACAGAGACUCAGUGCUCACAUGGUUACUGAAGGACAGUUUAGGAGGAAACAGCCGCACAGCUAUGGUUGCAGCGGUGAGUCCAGCGGCCGACAACUAUGACGAGACUCUGUCCACGCUUCGGUACGCAGACCGGGCCAAGAGCAUCGUUAAUCAUGCUGUGGUUAAUGAAGAUCCUAACGCCAGAAUCAUCAGAGAGCUGAGAGAGGAGGUGGAGAAACUCCGCAGCCAGCUGACCGAGGCUGAGUCAAUGAAAGCUCCGGAGCUCAAAGAGAGACUGGAGGAGUCUGAGAAGCUGAUCCAGGAGAUGACCGUGAGCUGGGAGGAGAAACUCAGGAAGACUGAGGAGAUCGCGCAGGAGCGACAGAAGCAGCUGGAGAGUUUGGGAAUUUCUCUGCAGUCGUCUGGGAUCAGAGUCAUUGAUGAUAAAUGCUUCCUGGUCAACCUGAACGCUGACCCCGCCCUCAACGAGCUGCUCCUCUAUUACUUAAAGGAACACACUCGUGUGGGUUCUGCAGACUCUCAGGACAUUCAGUUGUGUGGUCUGGCAAUUCAACCGGAGCAUUGUGUUAUAGACAUCAACCUAGAGACGGGAGUCACGCUCACCCCGAAGAGAAACGCUCGCACAUUUGUGAACGGCACUGUGGUCUCGUCCCCCGUCCAGUUGCAUCAUGGGGAUCGAAUCCUCUGGGGAAACAACCACUUCUUCAGGCUCAGCGUGUCGAAUGUGUAUCGUGUUGGUGUUGAGGAUGAGGAGGGGUGUACGACGAAGGCUUUGGAUGUGGAUGUAGACCGUCUCAGUCACGCCUCCAGUGACAACAGCUUCAGUUUUGAGUCGGCACAGACAGAAGUCAUGAUGAAAGCGCUGGGAAAUGACGAGCCGCUGCAGUCGAUGCUUUACUCUCUGGAGCGCAGGCAUGAGGAGGAGAAGCGCUCGGCUCUGGAGCGACAGCGGCUGAUGUACGAGCAGGAGCUGCAGCAGCUGCGCAGACGUCUGUCCACAGAGCUGCAGACGCAGCAACAGCAGCUCAACACCAGCCUGGGGUCGUCUCAGAGCCCACUGCGCCAGUCCACUGACGAGAGGGAAGCUUUGAUGAAUCAAAGCCUGCGCAAGCUGAAAGAGCAGAUCGUGAAGGCCAAUCUGCUGGUUCAGGAGGCUGGAUUCAUCGCUGAAGAGCUCAACAAGAAAACCGAAUAUAAAGUCACACUCCAGAUCCCGGCUGCAAACCUCAACGCCAACCGCAAGCGGGACACGGUUCUGAGCGAGCCGGCCGUGGAGGUCCGGAGGAAGGGCAAAGGGAAGCAGAUCUGGUCCAUGGAGAAGAUGGAGAACCGGCUGGUGGACAUGAGAGAGCUCUACCAGGAGUGGAAAGACUACGACGAGGACGAUCCUGCCAUGCGUUCGUACUUCAAGCGUGCCGAUCCGUUCUUCGACGAGCAGGAGAACCACAGUCUGAUCGGUGUGGCAAACGUCUUCCUGUCCUGUCUGCUGUAUGACGUCAAGCUGCAGUACACGGUGCCCAUCAUCAACCAGAAGGGAGAGGUGGCGGGUCGUCUUCACGUAGAAGUGGAGCGUCUGAGUGGAGACCUGGAAGAGCGUGAGACGGGGGGCUCUGAGAGCAGUCCAGACGGAGAGAUGCAAGAUCGCAAACUCACCUGCAUGAUCAAGGUGUUGCAGGCGACUGGAUUGCCUCAGCACCUCUCAAACUUCGUCUUCUGUCAGUAUCAUUUCUGGGAGCAGCAGGAGCCGGUGUUUAUCGCUCCAGAAGUGGGUCUGACGGCCCCCAGCAGCAGACAGCCGCAGACUCUGGUGCUGUUUGACAAAUGCAAGACUCUAGAAGUGACCGUGACUGAAGACUUUCUGGAGUUUCUGAUGGACGGUGCAUUGGCUGUUGAGGUUUAUGGUCACAAACAGGCAAAUCCACGCAGGAAUCUGGCUCUCUGGGACCUGGGGGUGAUUCAGGCAAAGACUCGCUCUCUCAGAGAGAGGUGGAGUGAAGUGACGCGCAGGCUGGAGCUCUGGGUUCAGAUCCUGGAGCUGAAUGAUGCUGGAGAGUUCGUGCCGGUGGAGGUUCAGCCAGCUAAAGACGUCAGCACAGGAGGAAUCUUUCAGCUCAGACAGGGUCAGUCCAGGCGUGUUCAGGUGGAGGUUCGUUCGGUCCAGGACUCCGGCACCAUGCCUCUGAUAACGGAGUCUGUGCUCAACGUCUCCAUCGGAAAUGUGGAGGUCCAUCAGACUCGAUCUGGCAAAAGCACAGAGACCCAGAGGGUGGGAGAUAAAGAUGUGGACAGUUAUCAGGAGGUUGAUCUGGAGAGACUGAGGGUCCGGUGGCUCACGGCUCUAACUGGACGACAGGAAUAUCUGGACCAACGUCUCCAGAAACUUGUCGGCAAGCAAGAUAAGUCCGAAGAGGAUGUGGAGAGCGAGUCGCAGCUGCUGGAGUGUCGUCUGACGCUGACGGAGGAGAGAAACGCUGUGCUGGUGCCCUCUGCUGGCAGCGCUAUCCCAGGAGCCCCGGCGGAGUGGGCUCCUGUUCCAGGAAUGGAGACCCACAUCCCGGUCAUCUUCCUGGACCUCAGCGCUGAUGAUUUCUAUGAUCAUCUGUCCGCUCCUCUCGCUGGAGGUCUGGAUGCUGCGCUCGACAGAGAAGAUAAAGAUGAUUUCAUGGACUUACAGAUCGUCAAACACUAUGAGAAUCAGGUGAAGGCAGAGGCAUCAUGGGACUGCACCGUUCACGACAGCCCUGAGCUGAAUCGAGCGACGGGGCCGGAUCACAGGAUUUACCUCACCGUCCGUGCCAUCGUUCAGCUCAGUCAUCCCGCGCACAUGCAGCUGGUGCUACGCAAGCGCAUCUGUGUGAACCUCACCGGACGACAGGGUUUUGCUCAAAGUCUGCUGAGGAGAAUGUCUCACCGCAGCUCUGUUCACAGCUGUGGAGUCACGUUUGAGAUCGUCUCAAAUAUCCCAGGGGACAUUCAGAGCUCUGAGGACCGAGAGAUGCUCGCUCGACUGGCUGCCAGCACCGAAAACCCCGGAGCCGAGAGUGAAGCCGCCAUCGAGAAAUACCUGCGGAGUGUGUUAGCGGUGGACAACAUCCUCACGCUGGACCGUCUCAGACAGGAGGUUUCGGUGAGGGAGCAUUUGAAAGAUAAAGGAAAGCUUCCCAAACGCUGCCUCAGUUCAUCCAGUGUCCACCGGCUCUCUGGCAGUAGGAAAGAUCUGUCCAGCAGCCAAGACUCAGAAGACAAUAAAAGUGGCUGGGACGGUCGGCAGGAGAUUUCUACACCAAAAUCAGCCACAAAGAGUGCAUCUCACUCAGCGUCAGUAGAAAAUCAAAAAUCAGAGCCAGGUCUCUCAGGAUUUGCUGCAUCUUAUUUCUCCCCAGUGAAAGCUAUAGUAUCUCCAGUACCCAAGAUGUUCAAGACUCUGUUGUCCAAAAAAGAGGAGAAGAAAGAGACGGCGCCUCCUGGUGUCUGUGAGCAGAAUGUGCCACGUAUUAUUGUGCAGUCUGCCAGUCUUGAAGACAUCAACAGCUAUGAACUGGCUCCACAGGGUCCAUCAAAAGAAACCGCUCAAGACAGCCAAUCAGAAUCUGCUUCCUUUGUGCCCAUUUUUCCGGUUAUUCCUGAUAAAGUAGAGACCACUAAAGCAUCCACCAUAUCCUCAGAAACCACGUCUGACAUCCAGAUAAGCCAAUCUAUGGAAACCCCAAAUUCAGAAAAUGAGGAGGAGAUUCUACUUCCUAAAGAAGUUGAAGUUACACCUCUUUCUGUUCCUCCAGUGGUUGAGGAGGUUCUAUCUUCUAAUCUUUCUCCAGAGGUUGAGGUUCCCCCUCUUAAUUCUCCUUCAGAUGCUGAGGAGGUUCUACCUCGAUCUGUUCCUCCAGUAGAUGAGGUUGAGGUUCCACCUCCUAAUUCUACCUCGGAUGCUGAGGAGGUUCUACCUCGAUCUGUUCCUCCAGUAGAUGAGGUUGAGUUUCUACUUGCAUCUGUUCCUCCAGAGGUUGAGGUUCCCCCUCCUAAUUCUACCACAGAUGUUGAGGAGGUUCUACCUGCAUUUGUUCCUCCAGUAUAUGAGGAAGUUCCAGCUCCUAAUCCUCCUUUAGAGGCUGAGGAGGUUCUACCGUUAUCUGUUUGUCCAGAUGAUGAGGAAGUUCUAUCUCCACCUGUUUCUACAGAGGUCAGAGAGGCUCCACCUCUUUCUGUUUCUCCAGGACUCAAAGAGUCUCUAUCUCCUAUUCCUCCAUUGGAGAUUCAGGAGAUUUCACCUCCUGCUCCUGUAGAGGUUGAAGACCCCAAGCAAAGUCCAGUUGGUGAUUCAACAAACAGCUCCCUCAGCGAUGUCUCAAGUGGAUACAUCUCCACAAGUCUCUCCAUAGUGACUCUCUCAGAGGCAUUGAAUGUUGAUCCUCCUCUCAUCGACCACACAGAGGCCAAAAUAGACUCUUCUUCCAAAAAGAGUGAACCAAAAACAGAGUUUGUGCCAACAAGCAGCACAUCCCCGGAGCAUCAGUCAAAACGUGAACCAGCCGACCUAGGAGAACUUGGAGAACAGCCACCUACUGAAUCCCAGACUUCAGAAGAACAUGGUCAAGAGUCUCUUCUAGAUACAUCUCCUGGAAAACUCCUCAGUGUUUCUGAUUCCUUACCUCAAGAAGCCUCUGGAGCCAACGUCUCUUUAUCAGGCCAAUCAUCUUGUUCAGCCCCAUUAUCUACACCAUUAGCACCACCAGUUGCCUCAAAAACAGCUGAUCCAUCAGUACCAGUAAAGCAAGCUAAGCCAUUAGUGCCUACCAAACAAUCAAGACCUGAACAAAACGUCAAACUCACUCCUGCUCCACCUCCAACCCUUUCCAAAUCCACAGAGUCAAGACCUCUGGCCUAAAG